AUGGUCCAAAAAACCCCUGAACAUCAGAUAGAGGCUGACAAGGUCUUUGAAGAUACCGUCAUGGCCGAUGAAGUUAAGACCACCAAGGUCUGGGCCUGGGAUCUCGUCCCAAAGAAGAAGAUGUCCAACGCAUGUGAUGACCGUCCACAAGAGUCCAGACAUCAGCGCUACGCAAGAAGAAAGAGAGCUCUAAGGGCCAAACAAGCUGCAGAUAGAGCUGCCAACUCAGCUGCUGAGCUCAACCAAGAGCUCCCCGCAUCAACAACCCCCCUUUUCACCCCACCAUCACUACCCACCCUGGAAGUCUUGAGGGUGGUCUUUUGUCCGGUGACCAAGAUGAGGAGAUGA